AUGAGCUCAACCACGAUUCUCCAGACGGGGCAGACCCUUGUGUCUAGUCCAACCUAUAUCGACCAUGGCAUCUCUGUCAAGAACAACAAUGCCGUCGACUCAGAGGCUUCGUCGGAAAUGGAGGCCGAUCAACAUCCCCUCAGAGUGAAACCCUCAGGCAACGCCCUGACAUCUCCACACAACGCACAAGCCUCCAUGGGAUGCUUCGGGCUUCUGCCAGAUACCUUGCUCCUGAUACUCCUGGAGUGCCUUAACCGGCAUAGCCUUGCCAACCUCGGGGCGACAUGCCGAGGCCUCUACGCCUACUGUACGUACGACCAGCUGUGGAGAGAUAUUGCGGUCAACGAGAUGAAGGAGCGUUUUGAGUGGCGGGGGAGCUGGCGAGCAUCGCUAAUGCGGCUUCCAUCGCCGAAGCUUGCAAAGGUGGAUUGCCGAUAUGUCUUCUCUGAUGCACUAUAUCGGCCGUUCCAAUGCUCCCGCACGCCGCUGACUCCCUACAUCUCGAACAUCCCGCCGCAAAAUGAGAUUCCACGGUUGGACAACAUCUCGCCAGAAGAGUUCAAUGAGGCUUGGGUAGGCAGGCCCUUCAUCUUGACAGCGCCUGUGAAGAAAUGGAAGGCCUUUGGGACGUGGGACCUCCAGUAUUUACUCUCCAAGUAUGGAAAUGUCUCCUUUCGUUGCGAAGCGGUCGAUUGGCCAUUGAGAACCUACGUCAAGUACAUGGAGAAUUCAACGGAGGAGUCGCCAUUGUACCUUUUUGAUCGGGCGUUUGUGGAGAAGAUGGGCGUGCAGGAUGCGUACGACCCGCCAAAGCCAUUCCAGGAAGACUUUUUCACCCUCCUCAAGGACCAGAGACCGGAUCGACGUUGGCUGAUCAUUGGACCUGAGAGAAGCGGGAGCACGUUUCACAAAGACCCGAAUGCCACCAGUGCCUGGAACGCUAUCAUCCGGGGGUCCAAAUAUUGGAUCAUGUUCCCGAGCUCGAUCCUCCCCCCAGGAGUCUACAUGUCCCAAGACCAGAGCGAGGUCACUUCGCCAUUGAGCAUUGCCGAAUGGUUACUUUCAUACCACGCUGAAGCACGGAGGACCAGUGGCUGUCUUGAGGGCAUCUGUCGAGAAGGCGAGGUCCUCCAUGUUCCAUCGGGGUGGUGGCAUUUGGUAGUCAACCUGGAGCCAGCGAUUGCAAUCACUCAGAACUUCGUCCCCAGAGCUCAUGUCCGAUCAGCGGUUCGCUUUUUGAGAGACAGGGCAGAUCAAGUGUCCGGAUUCAGUGACAAAGUAACAGACCCUUAUAACCUCUUUAUGGAUCGCUUAAAGGAGACUGAUCCUGAUCUGGCGGCCACUCUCGACGAUGCUCGCAAGCGCAAAUGGGAGGAAGUCGUGGCUGGUCAAGACGAAGCGGACGAAGAGCGGCAAGGGUUUAGCUUUGGAUUCAGCGAUGAACUCGAUGAGGAGGUUGAAUGA